CGACAACUCUGCAGAUUCCCUCACUCCUUGUAUUAGCUCUGUGGGAUUUCUCUCCUUUCCUUGUAAAUUUAUCAUCUCAUCUAUCUACGUUCGUUUGCCUCACUUGUUUGGUUUUUCUUUUUCUUUUCCCACUAUCGACUCAUUUCCCGUUUAUCAGUUUUGUUUCCCUUGCCCAACCAAGCCCAAAGCUCAAAGCGCAAGCCAAAAUCUCAUAUCACUGCUUGCAUCUAUCCUUCAAAAUGGCAAACAAUGAUACAAACAACAAGUAUCCUAAUUUCGGUGCACAGUUGGAUGAGAGGAUAUCUGAACUCAGUAACUCUCUAGUCGGGCCAGGCCAUUUGUUUCAAUCAAAUUCCCAGUUCAGUCAACCAUGGCAGGGUGCAACACCAUACACACCCGGUGGAGGAGAAGUGGGUGGAGGAGCAGGGGGAGGUUGCCGUAACGACACGUCUCAGCCUCAUUCAUAUCUCACUUAUGAUGGUCAACAAGAUGUCCCUGCAAAUAAUGAGAAUCAAGCAAGGUCAGAUGAACUCUCUAGUGAACUAGAGCUUUUACAAAAAAAGCGUGCAGAAGCAUUGGCAUCAAUAUCCCAGAAGCGAGCUGCAAGUCGUGGGGAGAAUCCUGGAAAACCAGACGUUGCACGAGGGAGCUCGGGGACUCAGGCUUCUAUGGCUCAAGGCUCAAAUUCUGCCUCUAAUCAACCGCAACGCGCAAAGAGAUCCGCGGUUGAUCAAAGUGUUGAGAGUCAAGGUAAAGGUGAAAGCUACGCUGGGAGGAUGGGUGCAGUUGAACACCAAAAGUCUCAUCCCGGCCAGGUAGCUUCAGCCGAGGAUAUUGAUGGUUUGCUCGCCGAGGGUAGAGUGUCAGCAGCAGCGAAUGCUUCCAAAUCAACUGCUAAGGGCCACCUUAGUGGUGAAUAUGCUAGUACUCUCCAACGGGCUUCUAUUCUUUCAGACGAAAACAGUUCUCCAGCAACAAAUUCCAACGCUCACAGACAUCAAAGUACACAUGAACCAAGCCCCAAACUGGGAUUUGAUGGCCAGAAGGUCAGCUACACUCCUGCCGUAAGCGAAACAGCGGGAUCAAGUGUUGCGGACAACAUCGAUGUUACUCCCCAUAAGGAUUUGAAGUCCAUGUCAGGGCAAUAUUCGCGAUCUGAGCACAAAUCAUAUCCAGAGCGACGUGUGUAUGAACCACCCAGGCCUAUGGCAGACAGCCCUAAUCCAAAGUCACGUGUAUAUGGACCACCAAGGCAACUCCCGACUCGUUCUGUUUACCGAAGCAAUGGCUCACCUCCCACGUCUGACUGCAACCCGGAUAGACAUCCGCCUUCUGAAAUGCUAGCUAGCUGGGAAGCUAAUAAUGAGUUCUCCAAGUUACAAUCCAAUGAAGUUGAAGAGCUCCGCGAAUGGCUUGAGUACACUGGUUACUAUGAUGAAAAUUAUCGUCGUGGAAAGCUACAUCGCUUCAAGCGACUAACUGCUUUGGAGCGUGAGAAGGAGGAGCUUAUGAGAGAAGAGCUACAGGAACGUGACGCUUUGGCCAAAAGCAGCGACCGGGGUUCUUAUUCAAUUGCUCGCAGUCAUUCCUUUGAUUCGUUAGGCCAUGAUCCGCAGGCAUCUCCUUCCAUGCCUCCUCCUCGGUUCAUUCCCAGGAUCAACACCAAGUCUAUCACACCAAAACCUGACGAUACCGAAAGAGAAUUAAACUCAGGAGUGUCUGAUGAGCAUAUAUCCAACCAUGCCUCCUCUGGCAAACUCUCAAAAAGACAGUUCUCUGAUUUUGAAAGUGGUGCUCAGCCGCAUGAAAGAGUGGAGAAAAUGGUGCGGACUCAAUACAACGGCAACCCAAAGGGUGUGUUACAUAGCGAAGAAGAAGCAGUCCCAAUCUUCAUGAAUAAAGACCGCAUGAACAUGAUCAAAGACCAUAAAUCCCCUAAUGGUGAUAACUCCGUGCUUGGAGAAGAUAAGAAGUUCACUGAUCAGGCCUCUGGUAAUUGGGGUAAAAACACUGAUCCUUUCAUUCAAAAUUCUCAACAGCAACCAGAUGAGGACCAGGUGGAUUCACAUGAAGGCCGGGGCGAAUUUGCCUUUUGGCGAGGCCGUGGCCGUGGCCGUGGUCGUGGUCGUGGAUUGGCUCGUGGCCGCGGACGCGGUCGCGGGGGGUUCAGUGCAGGUUCGACUCGUGGAGUUUAUUCAUAUAGUGGAGUGAAAGGGUCUGAAGAGUUGGGCCUAGUGGUAGGAGACGUCAGUUACUUCUUGAUCAAGUGCGUUGCAUAUGAUAUGGUCAAUACAGCCAAAAUUGAAGGAACUUGGGCAACACAACUAAAAAACGUGGAGAAAUUUGCUGAGGCUUUCGAUAAUUCUCGUCAUGUGGUGCUUGUCUUUUCUGUGAACCAGAGCGGGGCAUUCCAGGGUUAUGCACGGAUGGACACUCGUCCCGGGGAUCCAGGCGUUACGACCCCGAGUUGGUUCAAAAGACCUGGCUUGCCGCUCGGUCCACCGUUCAGAAUCACCUGGUACAAUACCGUGGAAACAAUGUUCAAAUAUGUUGGACAUCUUAAAAACCCUUACAAUGAAAACCACGACGUCACCUAUGCCAGAGAUGGUCAGGAAUUAGAAGCAGAUUGCGGUCGCGUUCUCUGUGGACUUCUUGAUAAAUCACUGGACUUCGUGUCCCCGUCAGGCUAGCUUCGCAUGGAAAGAGUCAGCGAGGAACCAUGUCAAAAAGCUGACCCUGAGGAAGUUUGUAGGCCUCUUACCCGUUCCGCUGUGUACGUGUCGUGUGCAUGUACCACGCGCGGGGGUUACGUUUACAAUCAUUCUUAAAAAAUUGGUUAUUUUUGCCAGUUGAUGGGAAAAGGGAGGCCAACUUUUUUUUUAACAAACCGAAAAUACAUUAUGGUAGACUUGAUCUUGAUCUACCAACGGCAGCUACAGACCAAUAUUGAGUGCUAAGCAGCGGCCCGUUUUUCAUAGCGAGGUCACAACAAAUCGCCACGCAUAUACAACCCAAUGCUCUUAAUAGAUUAUCAAAGCCAUGUAUGCAUGUAUGUGUACACACAUACAUACCACCAGCGUUCGUUUUUCAUUUUUUUCUCAGCGUUCGAGUUGGUACUUACUGCCUAUCUGAAAGCUCUCCAGUUUUAUCUUGUAGCAGAGCAACAUCAACAACAACGCUACGUUCCAUCAGCGCAUGUUGAGCUUUGAGCUUUGCUAAUACCUCGUCCAUUCUCUUUCUAUACGUGCUUUUAUUUUAUUUUAUUUCCCUCCUUCUCACGCUACAUGCUAUUAUAUUGGACUGAUCAUUGGAACUUGGAAAGUCCACUUAUUAUACGGCAUCGUAGCGAAUUUGGGGGGGGGGGGGGAGAAAAAUAAAUUAUUUUGAUCAAAUUGACGUAUGACAUUUUUUGUCCCCACGACCCCUUUGUGCAUAUACAGCUCAUUCCCGCUUGCUAUAAUCCCCCCCCCCCCCCAAAAAAAAACCACAGAUACACAUGUCAUCAAAGCUCUAUACACUCAGUCAGUCACUGAUCAAGAGUAGGAGAUGAUGGUGAGAGUGCGCCAGUAGUAUGAGAGUAUAUCACAGAUGAGUGAGAAAUGAUCAGAAUAAUUUAAAUCAAGAUUAAAACAUUUCUUUACCAAAUAUUUGAAACUUGAUUUGAUAGAAUGAAAAGAUGUUUAUGUGAAUUACAUUAUAUUCAACUAUAAUCAUGAUCAAGCUUCUCUUAUAGAAAUAACUGGUUGGAGUUUGUUUUGUUUUUCGAGAUGUAAGCCAGCAUCAUAAAAAACAAAUUUAAAAAUUAA